CGUCGCUCGCCCGCAGCCGACUCGGCCGAAACUUCUCGGGGUCCCGCGCUCCAGGGGAGAGCGUGCAGCCCAGCGACGACCGACGGCUGGGCCGGAGCCGGGCGUCCAGGGCCCGGGGCCUCCCUCUGCGCGGCGCGAGCUCCGCACCCGACUUUCCCGCCGGCCGAGCGCGGGGUCCCGGGCGCGGAGCGGGGCGCCCUCCCGGCGGCAGGAGCGAGCGCAGGCUCCCAGGGCCGCGGCCGCCCGGGCUGGGCAGCGCGCAUCCCGCGGAGGCGGCCCGGGCCCCGGCCCCCGGCCCGGCGGGACCCGGAGCGGAGCGCGCCCGGCGCGGAUGCGGAGUCCGGUGCGGCAGCUCGAGCCGCCUGCGCGCUGAGGGGAGCGGCCCCGGCCCCGCCGUCCCCGGGCCUCCGCUCGCCGCGCCCAGCAGACCCAGCGCCGCCGUCGCUGGAGGAGCCGGAGCCCGCGAGCCUGACGAGCGGCGGGACAUGCAGGGAGCCCAGUUUUGGACGCUGGCAGUCCCAGGGGUCUUCCCAGGACACUGGGGAGGGCUGAGGCCGACCAUGCCAGGCCUGCUGCUGCUCGCUGCUGCGCUGCUCUCCAGCUGGGCUCAGCUCCCAGCCGAAGCCAGCUCCUGGUGGUCGCUAGCUAUGAACCCGGUGCAGAGACCUGAGAUGUUCAUCAUCGGUGCCCAGCCUGUGUGCAGCCAGCUUCCUGGGCUCUCCCCGGGCCAGAGAAAGCUGUGCCAGUUGUACCAGGAGCACAUGGCCUACAUAGGGGAGGGAGCCAAGAUGGGCAUCAAGGAGUGCCAGCACCAGUUCCGGCAGAGGCGGUGGAACUGCAGCACCGUGGACGAUGCCUCUGUCUUUGGGAGAGUCAUGCAGAUAGGGAGCCGGGAGACGGCCUUCACCUAUGCUGUGAGUGCCGCGGGGGUGGUGAACGCCAUCAGCAGGGCCUGCCGAGAGGGUGAGCUGUCCACAUGUGGCUGCAGCAGGACAGCGCGGCCCAAGGACCUUCCCCGGGACUGGCUGUGGGGCGGCUGUGGGGACAACGUGGAGUACGGCUACCGGUUUGCUAAGGAGUUUGUGGAUGCCCGGGAGCGGGAGAAGAACUUUGCCAAGGGAUCGGAGGAGCAGGGCCGGGUGCUUAUGAACCUGCAGAACAACGAGGCGGGUCGAAGGGCUGUGUAUAAGAUGGCAGAUGUAGCCUGCAAAUGCCAUGGCGUCUCUGGGUCCUGCAGCCUCAAGACCUGCUGGCUCCAGCUGGCUGAGUUCCGCAAGGUGGGGGACCAGCUGAAGGAGAAGUACGACAGCGCUGCUGCCAUGCGCAUCACCCGCAAAGGCAAGCUGGAGCUGGUCAACAGCCGCUUCAACCAGCCCACCCCGGAGGACCUGGUGUAUGUGGACCCCAGCCCUGACUACUGCCUGCGCAACGAGACCACAGGCUCCCUGGGCACCCAGGGCCGCCUCUGCAACAAGACCUCGGAGGGCAUGGAUGGCUGCGAGCUCAUGUGCUGCGGCCGCGGCUACGACCAGUUUAAGAGCGUCCAGGUGGAGCGCUGCCACUGCAAGUUCCACUGGUGCUGCUUCGUCAAGUGCAGGAAGUGCACGGAGGUCGUCGACCAGCACGUCUGCAAAUAGCCGGGACCACGUCCUGGCCUCCUCUCCACUCUGCCUCACAGAAGAUUAUAUAUAAAAAUCUAUAUAAAUAUAUUUUAUAUUUGUAUAAAUGAAUGGAUGAAUGAUAAUUAAAAGAUGAAAAUGGAAAGGAAAAGCUUAUUUAAGAGAUGCUAGAGGUCUUUGAGGAUUGGACUUUGCAGGUUGUCAGCUCCCAGGGGGUGGGACAAAGGGCUUUUUCCCCUCCCUCGAGGGGGGACUCUCAGGAUGUGGGACUUGGGAAUAUUUGCUGCCUAUCCACCAUGGCUUUGAGGAGAGAGGUGGUGGGUAGAAGGAGAAGAUGACUUCGUCUGGAAGUCUGGAGUCUCUGUUGGGUACAUGACUGCCCUGUGACUCCAGCCUGUGGGCCUACAGGCCCUGUGGGAGGCGGCAGGAGCUCAGUGUAGGCUUUGAAGUCUGCAGGGUCUUGCUCAGAAUAUUGACGGGUUCUGUGAGAGGGCCACUGCUUUCCUACCUUUCCAUUGUGUGCAGACCUGCAAAAGUGAGGAGCCGUCCGAUGCCAUCUCUGACCCAGGACUGCAAAGGGGCCCGCUCCUCCCUGGGCCUCUUUCCAAUGAGAAUGACUCUUCCUCCACAGUUCACUAGCUCCUGCCGCAAGUCCCCUGCACCAGGAGGAAAGCGGCCCUUUGGCCUGACAUGUUAGGAAAGACAUGGACAUGGACUGAAUGUUUGUGCCUGAGCUGCACAAAGCCGGGUGUGUAACCGUACUGAGUGAACAUUGCACUGUGCUCCCACCAGGGAGAGGAACCUUGUGAUGCUGCUGCUGUCAAGUCCUCCAACAGCGGAGGCCUCAUGAGCGACAGGAUGCGUAGCUAGGUCAGGCUCGCUGGCCUGGCAUGGUCUCUUCAUCUCUGCCCCAGAUGUACAGUUUCUCUCUGACAUUAAAUACCCUUCAUUGAAGUUUUCCUCCUUUCCUUAUCUGGACUCAUGAUUAUCUUUCGUGAGUCUCCUCUGAUUUUUUACCUAAUCCUUAGCACCCUCCUGCAUGGUGCACAUAUGGAAGAGGGUAAGGAAAUGGAAACUUUUUAGAAUUCUAGUGUGGUGAUCAGAGACAAGGACAGGAGAACGUUAUCAGAAUUAAAUAAGGUCAUGCAUCUAAGUGUUGUUCCCAAGAACUAACACAAAGUUUAAAACAAUAAAUGGUAGCUAUUAAUAUUACUAUUAUCAGCAAAAGGAUUCAGAGAUUUAAGUUUAAACCUCACAUUGACUUCCCCUUUCCCUUCUCCCUCCAUUUACAGCCUACCAAGUUAACCUGGUUUGUUCGCUGGGUCGCUGGGAAAGCACAGGCAGUGGGAUGCUCUCUGCAGGAUUCUGUGUAUUGUCAACUCCAGUUUUGGACUCCAGGGGCUGGGGCCAGGAGAGAGAGUAAGGCAGAGCUCAGGGGUCCAAGAAGGGAGCUGUUAUGUCCUAAAAAGAAGGAAGGAAUUACGAGGAGAGACGUUGAUCCGGGCUGCACUAGGUGACCAGCCUUCAGGUGAGCCAGUAACCACAUAAAGACACCUGUUUUAUUCUAGAAUGUAUUUCCUGGAAAAUAAUGGAAUUAAGGAAUUUUACCUUGAGUUAUAAUAAUACUGCAAAACAAUCUAAAACAUAUCUGCCUGAGAGUAUCCAUGGCUAUAUCUACUACUUGUAUCUUUAGUAUCUAAAGGGGAACCUUCUGACUUGACAUCAAAGACUAUAAGAUGUAGGUUAUUUUACCAGUAACUGGUUUUCACACUGUUACGCAGACUCCCGUGGUCAACAUUUUCAAGACGAGUACAUAAAAGAAAGUGAUUGAAGUCAGCUGGCCUACAAAAGACCAAAUCCAUGUCCUUGGCUUCAUUAGUUGGCAUUUAACUAAAUAAACUAACUGGCCACACAGAUCAGCAGUGAUAAUGCGGGUUUUGAAACACUGGCUGGCAUUAUUGCUUUUUGCCACACCACGUGGAGAGCAUGGAGAGUCACCGUAUACCAGGUGCUCAAAGUGUUUAAGAGCUGAAAUCCAACUCAUCCUUAGAAACUACAGGAAAUUCAUUGAGAGUGACUUGUCCACUAUCCUAAAAUGUGACUUCUAUGCUCAUUAAGGGAGGUGGGCCAUCUUAAUUAUGUUGAGGUCUUCCUAUGGCAAGAGAAUGGAGUAAAUUGUUAAUGUUUCUUUCUGAUGUGGAGAGCAAAUCAUGUGUUCAAGUACCAAUGUGACUAUUGCAUCCACUGACCACCAGGGUUAG